CGGCGGCAAAACCUCGUGUAUGCAUUUCGUGCAAGAUGGCCGCGGAAACCCUUCGUAAACUCGCCAAAGAUCUGAAUUGUGAUAUACAUGAUGAAAAACUUGCAGCACACCUUGACAGUAUCGAUGAACUGAAGUUUUGCCGAUCAGAAUUCCAAUAUCCGAAAAAUAAAAAUUUGCCGCCAAUUGAUUUGAACCUUGUUGAUGGCGAUGAGGAUUGUAUCUACUUGUGUAGCAACUCUCUUGGCUUGAUGCCAAAAAAGACUGCAGAUUAUGUUCAAAAUGAAGUCAAGAAAUGGUCAGAAAUGGCUCUCUAUGGCCACCAUCAUGGUGUUUUUCCAUGGGAGAAGGCAGAGGACUUUGCAGUAGAGCCAUCAGCAAAACUUGUAGGUGCAAAGCCUGCAGAAGUAGCCAUUAUGAACUCACUUACCGUCAACUUGCAUUUUCUAAUGAUCCCAUUCUACAGACCAACUCCAACAAGGUAUCGUAUUCUAAUCGAAGACAAGGCCUUUCCAUCUGACCACUAUGCCGUUGAAUCGCAAAUUAGGUUCCAUGGAUUUGAUCCAAAAGAUGCCUUGAUUUUAGCAAAAAUAAGAGAGGGGGAAGAAAACUGGAGGACCGAGGAUAUUGUGAGCUUAAUUGAAAAGGAAGGAGACAGCAUUGCAUUAGUGCUCUUCAGUGGCGUUCACUACUAUUCUGGUCAGUUAUUUGACAUGAAAGCAAUUACCGAGGCAGGACAUAGAAAGGGGUGCAUUGUUGGGUUCGAUUUGGCACAUGCUGUUGGUAAUGUACCGAUGAGCCUUCAUGACUGGGAUGUUGAUUUUGCAGCUUGGUGUACUUAUAAGUAUUUGUCCAGUGGAGCUGGUGGUAUAGCUGGUAUAUUCGUAAACGAGAAACACACCAAAGACGACAGCAUACCCAGACUGAAUGGCUGGUGGGCUCAUAGGCUCGAAACUAGAUUCACAAUGGAUAACAAAAUGGAUCUAUCGCCUGGUGCUGCUGGUUUUAUGAUAUCCAAUGCAAACAUGUUCGCUACCGUAUGCCUGAUAGCGUCUCUUGAAAUAUUUGAUCGCGUUGGAAUGGAGAAACUUAGAGAGAAAUCUCUUAUGUUAACUGGAUAUUUGGAAUUGCUCAUAGAAGAAAGUUUUGGGAAAGGAAAAGAUCCAGCUGGAAAAUUUUAUAUUGAAAUCGUCACUCCUCGUGAUCCGAACCAAAGAGGAUGCCAGCUGUCAGUGAGAUUCUCACUUCCUAUUAUAGACAUAAAAAAAGAGUUGGACAAAAGAGGCGUUGUUUGUGACAAGCGAGAACCAAAUGUUUUGCGUGUAGCCCCUGUACCUAUGGUUAACAAAUUUCAUGAUGUCUGGCGUUUCAUCAAAGUUCUGAAGGAAUCUGCUGACACUGUUUUGGCGCAGAUUGGAACUAAAUGAUAAGAAUGCAAGUUACUUUCUAGUUUAUAUAAAAUAUUGUUUGUCAAGGCUGAAUAGAAACUAUUUAAUGACUUUUACUUCAUGGCAUAUUCUGCCAAUAACUGAAUAGCUGGGUAGGUUUGUAAACGAUGAUAUUUUGUAGUAGUAUUUUACCUCUGGUAAAUUAUGUUUGUAUUUAAUCAGACCAAAAUAUAUAGAGUGACAAUUUCAACAAAGUACUAUACAAUCAA